AUGGCUGAAUCCAACGCUGACAAAAAUAAAACCGUGCUUGGCUACUGGGCAAUCCGUGCCAUAGCCGAACCGAUUCGUUUGAUUCUUCACUAUACAAAAACGCCUUUUACAAACAAAACAUACGAAGUAGGUGAUGGUCCACAAUACAGUCGUGACCAAUGGCUCAGCGAAAAGUUCAAACUUGGCUUAGAUUUUCCGAAUUUGCCCUAUUUGAUUGAUGGUGAAUUUCAAAUGACCCAAUCCAGAGCCAUUUUGUACUAUCUCGGUCGUAAACAUAAUCUUAUGGGUACAACUCCACAAGAGGAAGCACUUGUAAUGAUGCUCUGUGAAGAGGCACAUGAUGUUCGCGCUAAAUUUAGAGCUCUUUGCAAUAAACCAAACGGUGGUUCAGGUGCCGAAAAGAAAGAGUUUCUCGAGACAGUCCUCGGGGUAUUUUUCAAGCAACUCGAUGCACUUCUCAGCAAACAGAAUAGGAAGUUUGCUGUUAGUGAUCAACCGACCGUGGCUGAUUUUCUCCUAUAUGAAUAUAUCGAUUAUUGUCUCUCAUUUGACGACGAACAUAAACUGCUUGAGCAAUAUCCUAAUGUUCAACGACUACUUCAACAAAUUCAAGAAUUACCUGAAUUGAAAGAAUAUAUUGCAACAACACAUGCUCAAGUACCGAUUAACAUCAAAUCUGCCAAGUUUGGUGCAACUGUCAUCAAACAAAAGUGA